CGCAUCCCAGGCAUCGACAUACCAGCAUCACUCCCCAUCGUCGCAACACUGCAACACUCGUCAUGGCGCAGACGCAGACACAGACUCCGGCUCAAACACUGCCGCAAGAGCACAUCAAAGCCAUUGACCACUUGCGCAUGCGACUGGCCGGGCUCUCGACGUCUCUGCACCUAUUGCAGGGAGAGCUCGCGAAACCGCAGAACGAUCCUCUGCUCGCAUGGCCACAGCUGCAAAAGGCUUCAACGAAUCUCGGACAGAACCUCGACGGCCUCGCCAGUGCGUUGAGCGCGCAACGCCAACUAUUCACAUCGUUGCACCUACAUCCUCUUCCCAACUUUCCCGCGCACACGCAGCAGGGCCUAUUGGAGCAGUUGGUGCGCAAAAAGUUGGACCCGAGAGCGGAAGCGUGGAUCGAAGAAAGCGUCAAUGUCGGCAAAGAGCAGAGCAAUGGCGUUGCGGCGGGCCAGGAGUCGGGCACGUUGACCGAGGCCGAGAUGCAGGACUUAUGGUCCUCAGCCAUGGAUAUACAUCAAGAAGUUCUCGCGCCUUGGAUGGAACAGGAUCUCUUCAGCGAUGAUUUCACUGUGCUGGAGCGAGAAAAUGGCGUGAAGAAUGUCGUGACCGGUCUGAAGCGCGAUCUCGCGGACGAGGACGAUGACGAUGAGGACGACGGAGACGAUGAUGGCGACAAGAUGGUCGAAGACACCGUGAAGCCAGACGUCGUGCAAGCUCCUGCUGCGAACGGUCUGAACACCAGCCUUCCUCCGUUGCCGUUAGACAGCAUGCUCAAAUUCGCACAUGGGCAGGAUGUUCCUUGAGAGUCAGAUAUGCUGAUCUAGAAGUACCUCUCAAGCCCACCCACCCUCGGCGUUUCCCUUUUGCGGCAUAUUCCCCCUUCGGGAGGUAGCUGUG